AUGAUGAUCCUAGAGAAGUAUUUCACAGGGGAGCGAGAAGGAUACUUUUAUAGGGAAAAGACGUUUGUGGGGACGGAUGAGGAGUAUAUCGAGGCAAAGAAGAACUCGUCGACAAUUUUUGUAUCCAAUAUCCCUACGAGUGUCCGGGAGGAGCGGAUAUGGGAGCUGUUUUUGCUAUGCGGAGAUGUGAAGAGGGUUAUAAUGGGGCUGAAUAGGAAUACACUGAGGUUCUGUGGAUUCUGCUUUGUUGAGUUCUAUACUGUGUCUUCUGCAGAUGCAGCAGUCAGGUACGUGAAUGGGUUUCGCCUUGACCAAAGCCCUUUAUCCAUUGACAAGGACUAUGGGUUUGUGGAGGGAAGGCAGUAUGGAAGAGGGGUCUUUGGAGGCCGUGUCAAGGCAGAUAGGAUGUAUCUUGAGGACAGGCACCAAAGAGACGGCACAAAGAGAAGAAGGCAGGGAAGGUUCUUGCGAUAA